AUGAAGUACGAAAAGAAAUUGGUGCUAUUUACGUGGAUCGUUAUGAAUAUAGUUGACCAACCGGCCCCCGAAGUUACUAUUGAACAAGGAGUUUUAAGAGGUAAAAUAAGUGGGAAUGGAAUGUUUUUUGAAUAUGUUGGCAUUCCGUAUGCUUCUACAAACAGCAGCUUGCGUUUUAAGGCUCCAGGGCCAGCACCAUCUUGGGAUGGCAUUUAUGAGGCUAUAGAUGAGAUAUAUUUUUGUCCCCAGGUUACACCUAUUGGUGUUCUUGGUUCAGAAGAUUGCCUGAAGAUUAACGUAUACGUACCCGCUGUAGCUGAACGGCCACUACCUGUUAUGGUUUAUAUCCACGGUGGUGUAUUCAUCUUAGGUAGUGGAGGUAAAUUAAUAUAUGGCCCAGAUUUUUUAAUACAGAAAGGUGUAAUUGUUGUUACAUUCAACUAUAGAUUAGGAGUACUUGGUUUUCUAUGCCUGGGAAUUAAAGAAGCACCGGGUAAUAUGGGACUUAAAGAUCAAGUUGCAGCAUUAAGGUGGGUAAAAAAAAAUAUUGCGGCUUUUGGAGGAGACCCAGAAAAUAUAACUCUCUUUGGUGAAAGUGCUGGGGCAACAUCUGUUUCAUUAUUAUUGGCUAGCGAUGUCACUGCUGGUUUGUUUAGUAGAGCAAUAAUUCAAAGUGGGACUUCUUUAUCAAAUUGGGUAAUAAAUAGAAAACCAAUUGAGGUAGCAAGUCUUUUAGCAAAAUCAUUAGGUUAUAAUACUAAAGAUCCCUUAGAAAUAUAUAAUAUAUUUUCUAAAAUGGAUUUUAAAGAAUUAGUGUUAGCGAAAACAAGCAAACCUCUAACAAAAUACUUCGAAUCCGAAUUAAUACAUUUACCCUGUGUAGAAGAAGAAAUACCAGGUGAAGAAUCAGUAAUAAAAAAUUUACCCUAUAACUUACUUGCGAACAAGUCUAAGGUUGUACCGGUUAUAUACGGAACAAAUAGUAACGAAGGAUUAUUUUUAUUGUACAAUGAUACGGAAGAAACGCUUGAACAGAGAAAUAAGCGAUAUUUGUUCGCGUCCGAUUUACAUUUUAAAACAGAAGAAGAAGCAGAAAUGGAGGCGCAAAAAAUACACGAGUUUUACUUUGGUAAAGAUAAAAUAAGCUUGAAUAAAGCUAAAAACAUAUCCGAUUUGUACACGCACUUGUAUUUUGAAACACCAUCUUUAUUUGAAACUGAACUCUUAAUUCAAAACGCUAACGCGACAAUUUAUAAUUACUAUUUCAAUUAUUCGGGUGCAAGAAGCUUAAUGAAAAUUAAAACAGGUUUUUUCGGUGAAAAUGGAGCUUGCCAUGGGGACGAUAUAUUUUAUUUAUUUAAAUUACAGUUUUUACCCUUUACAUUCUUUAAACGAGACGAAAAUAUGAUCAAUGUUAUGACAUCGUUGUGGACUAAUUUUGCUAAAUAUGGAGAUCCAACACCAGAUCCGACAGAACUUAAUGUAAAAUGGUUGCCAAGUAAUAAGCAAACCAUGAACUUUUUAUACAUAGAUGAGCAUUUGAAAAUGGGACCAAUACCAAACCCGGAAUCUUAUCGUUUAUGGAAAUUUCUGUAUAAAAAUUAUCGGAAAAGAGAGCUAUAG